AUGGCCGCUCGGACCGCUCAGAAGGCCUUGAAGAAAGUGGUCUUAGGAUGCCGUCCGAAGUCAGCGGAAGUGGCUGGAACUCUAGUUCCGGCACGGAGUUCUGCGGGGAACGUCAGAUAUUUAGCUUCCUGUGGUAUAUUGAUGAGCAGAACAUUUCCACUGCAUACCUCACUUGUGCCUAAGGAGAUAUUUGCAAGAACUUUCUUCAAUAUCACUGCGCCCUUAAUAAACAAAAGAAAAGAAUAUUCAGAGAGGAGAAUAAUAGGAUAUUCUAUGCAAGAGAUGUAUGAUGUAGUAUCGGAAGUAGACCAUUACAAGCAUUUUGUUCCUUGGUGCAAAAAAUCAGAUAUAAUAUCUAAGAGAUCUGGGUACUACAAAGCACGAUUGGAAGUUGGAUUUCCACCUGUUUUGGAGCGUUAUACUUCGGUAGUAACCCUAGUGAAGCCACAUUUGGUAAAGGCAUCCUGCACAGAUGGGAAACUUUUCAAACAUUUGGAGACGAUUUGGCGUUUUAGUCCGGGACUUCCUGGCUACCCAAGAACUUGUACUUUGGAUUUUUCAAUCUCGUUUGAAUUUCGCUCACUUCUACACUCUCAGCUUGCCACACUUUUUUUUGAUGAAGUUGUAAAGCAAAUGGUAGCUGCCUUUGAAAGAAGAGCAGGUAAACUGUAUGGCCCAGAGACAAGUAUACCCCGAGAAUUAAUGCUUCAUGAAGUACAUCACACGUAA